CACACGGCAGCACACGCAAGACACUUCAGUUGGCAGCGCCCCCAAGGCCUGGACAAGGUGUCUCGUGCCAGGGGAGGGACACUGAGCAAUGGACGUGGACCAACUGGACCUGAAUCCCAGAAUCACGGCAGCAGUUAAGAAAGCCAAACUGCGGUCAGCGAGGGAGCUCCUGUGUCUCUCCGGGGCAGACCUGCAACGGCUGACCGGGCUCUCUGCCCCCGACGCCCGGCGCACCCUGCAGGCAGCCGCCCUACACCUCCGGGGAAGUGAAGUCCUCACAGCACUGCAGCUGUCCCAGCAGAUGCAGACCCCUGGGCAGCCUCAGCGUCUCAGCCUGGGCUGCCCAGUGCUGGACGGCCUAUUGCGUGGCGGCCUGCCCCUGGAUGGCAUCAGCGAGCUGGCAGGGCACAGCUCUGUCGGCAAGACGCAGUUAGCCCUGCAGCUGUGCCUGACCGUCCAGCUCCCGAGGCAGCACGGUGGCCUGGAGGCAGGAGCCGUGUACAUCUGCACAGAGGAGGUCUUUCCGCACCGACGCCUGCAGCAGCUCAUAGCCCACCAGCCACAGCUGCGGGACAACAUCCCAGCGGAGCUGCUGCGAGCCGUGCCAUUUGGUGACCGCGUCUUUGUAGAGCAUGCAGCCGAUGUGGACGCCCUGUUGGAGUGUGUGGCCCGGCGGCUGCCCGUCCUGCUGGGGCGCGGCCUGGCCCGCCUGGUGGUGCUGGACUCAGUGGCCGCCCCAUUCCGCUGUGCCUUCGGCGGCCAGGCCUCAGUCGCCAGGGCCCGCCGCCUGCAGACACUGGGGGCCGCACUGCGCAGGCUCAGCUGCACCUUCCAGAGCCCUGUGCUCUGCACCAACCAGAUCAUGGAUGCAGUGGAGGACCGGGCCCUUGCUGGGCCACAGGGCUUCACCGACGAGCGGGCCUGCGCGGCCCUGGGGAUGGCCUGGUGCAACCAGCUCCUGCUCAGGCUGGCCGCAGAGCGAACGCGCAGCGAGGAGUCACCACUGGGGCCCCCGGCCCGCACCCUGCGGGUGGUCUUCGCACCCCACCUGCCCCCCGCCUCGUGCUCCUUCACCGUCAGCGCGGAGGGCGUGCGGGGCACAGAGUCCUGCUGACACUGCAUCCACCCACGGGUUCUGGGAAACAUGUCCGCGGGAGACUGGAAGACCCAGGGCUGUCACUGCCUUCGCAUGCACUGCUACCACGCACGGCCAGGGGCUGAUGUCCCUCUCAUGACACCCCUCCCCCCAAACACACACAUACAUCCACCUGUCUGAGGGUCUCCACAGUGACGCCAGAGUCCACAGAACCCUCAACCCUCAGGGCAGCAGCUUCAUCCCAUCAGUGGCCCUUGGUCAGUUCACCCCGCACUGUGUGACACCCCCCCAUCCGCGCAGCCCCCAAGCAAUGAGGGCUGGGGGCUUCCUGGGCAGGAGAACUUAUGGCGGGGUGGGAAAGCAUCUGGACUGCUUUGUGCCACUAGCCAGUGUGGACAGAAUGCAGCACAGAGUGGCUGAGGGCAAUUGGCCCAGAAAUAUGUCCUGGGCUGGUGAAGCUCUGGUUGUACAAGUGACAUCCACCACCAAAACACACACACACACACACACCUCAGCACCCACAGACCCACCCGCCACAUCCCCGGCAGGAGUCUGAGUCUGGGUGGCAAGUGGGACCCCACCCCUCCCCUGGGCAAUCCCGCUUCACCAGGGCACCCAACUGGAGUCCUCUGUGUGCCUGCACAUCUGCCCUGUCCCCUGUGCCACCUGGAGGGCUCCGUUCCACGCUCACUGAGGCACUGCCACCUCAGCCCUGCCCCUUGUCAUCACUGGGUCCUGGUGAUGCAGGUGAGCUGAGCAGGUGGACAAGUCUGAGUGGUCCCCUGUGCCCUCGGGCCUCUCGUGCACCCUCCUGGCCCCAUGCCUGAAAGUGCCCAGUGAGCUUCCUUCAGGGACAGGGACCUCAGCCGGAACAUGCAUUUUAUUUUUGGAAUUAAAU